CCGGCAAGUGUCCCGCACAUCUGGGAACUUCUGGAACGCAUUCCGAAUUCAACGGUCAGCGCGCGGAGAUAGCUACCAAUCCGCAUCGUGUACACAGGCCGCGACGACGUAAUAGUAACCCAAUUCUAUGGAUGGAUUCGCACGCUUCGGACGACGCCAUCGUCCUCACGGCAAACGAUGCCUGGUCUGCCAAAUUCGCUGCCGUGGACAAGGGAUACUAUUGGGAUGCCUUUUUACCCGCCUUUGCCACCGUAUCUCACGGUAACAGGCAGUCGCAUCGUCACGUGCAACCUAUUAUUAAACGGGGUACGCACGCUCGUGUGUGCUGCAUGGAUCGGGCUGUGACGAGUUUCGUCGAACUGGUGGUGGCACGCAGGGAUCCGCAUUCACCGAUUCAGGUCGUGGUACUAGGCUGUGGCAAAGACACCACAUUCUUUCGGCAUCAGGAAGGACGGCUAACGAGCGUUGGGGGUGACGAAAAGAAUGCUGCUCCCAAUACAAAUAGUGAAGCUCCAUCAUCGUCGAAUAAGGUACAUUGGUUCGAGGUUGAUCAUCCAGCUGUCAUUCAAGAAAAGGCAUCCAUUAUUCGUGCCAACCCGUCCCUUUUUAACAGCUCGGUUGAAAAACGUACUUCGAAUUGUCACUUCCGAAUAAAGCCCGACAUCUAUACCUCAUACGAAUCGGAAUGUACGUUGCUAGGUCACGAUCUUCGCAACGAUCCCGAAGGGUUGAUGCUUGCGUUGGCAAGCAACGGGUUAAGAGCGGAUGCACCAGUUCUGUUCCUUCUAGAAUGCGUCCUUAUGUAUUUGCCAGAGAUUGCCACAAAGUCAUUAAUCGCGGCGUUACCGCGGCACUUCCCACAGGCCUGUCUCUGUUUGUACGAGCCCAUUCUGGGAUCGGAUCCCUUUGGACGCGUGAUGGAACAGAACUUACGUCACGCUAAUGUGGCCCAAAACGACUCUUGUCUCGUGCAGACUCGGACACUUGCACAGCAGAUGCAGAAAUUGCGGUCGGCAGGAUUCAACGGCAAUGUUGUAGGGUGUGACAUGUGGGCAGCUUACGAGUCAAUCGUAACAGCAACACAGCGAGCACAGGCCAAUCGAAGCGAGUUCUUGGAUGAACUAGAAGAAUGGAUUCUGAUCAUGCGGCACUAUUGCUUUGUUGUUGCGUGUACAAAUGCCGCAUCCGGACUAGGGGAACAAUUGGGUGCGGUAGGACCACAAAGUGUGUUGGGAUUUGCCACCGGCAAGUGCGAAUUAAUGUAG